AUUCCAUUUUUCUUCACUCUUUCCUAUUUUUUUUGAAUUUCAAAUUAUAAUUAACUCCUUAGUUAUUUACUUAUAACCUUUCUCAAUUUCUUAUACUACACAUUUAUAAAAAAAAUAAAAAAAAUAAAAUCAAAUGUAUCACUUGAUUUUGUUAUACCCUUAUUGAAAACCUUGAUAUAUUUUAUUUAAUUCACUCUCAUUCCGCUAUGUGCGGGCCUUUUAAUCAUUUUCCAGCAAGCCAAACACCCAAAUAAACCACCCAUGUCCGCUUCAAACAGAUGAGCAAAUCACCACACCAAACGUCAAUACCAAAACAGUUGAAAUCGCGUUUUCAAAAUCCACAAAUUUCAUCCGGUUUUGUUGCGGUACAUUUGAGAGUACUCAGUUCAGGAUUUUGGCUUUUGGGGAAUCAACUCCUAGGUAUCGUUGCGCCGGCAAUCAAAAUUCUGCCUGCAAGAUGAUGAGAACUCGGUUGUUGUGGUUCACCCUGGGUUUUUCCUCCGCCGGCGCCGCUGUCUCCCACUUCGUCCUCAGAGACCUAUGGAUCGAGCGCCAAGUCCUCAGUUCUCAGCUGAAGCAGAAGUUUGAUGCACUGGAGAAUAGAGUUUCUAAUCUUGAACCAGGUCUUCGUGACAAUUCGAAUUCUCUUCAGGGUGAAGGUAAUUUGAAUUGAAGCCCCUAUAUUUUACAUCCAUGCUUGGCUUUGCUUUCUUCAUCGCCCUGAGAUCUUGGUUUGCUAGAUGUUUCAUAUGGGAGAAUGCGUUGCUACAUGGAGUUUCGGUCAUCGUAGAAUUGUACUAUUGACUUAUAAUCAUUUGUUUUUGGUUUCAUGAAAGCAUAUUAGCUUUUGAUAGUUAUUUCAAUAACCUAUAAUGGGUUACAACUUUUGUUAACUGUGCAUCACUUGUGUGAUUCUGUAAGGUUUAUAAUAGAUAAUUAAAAUUUCCCAUUUAUUCUUCUAUUUGUAUAGUGUGAGGAAAGUCAUAGUCCUUACCUUAUAUAAAUAGGCAAUGAGACAUUUAUAUUUCCCCAAAGAUAUGUUAAAGUUGUUUCAAAGUUGACUGCAAUACCUCUUUGUUAGACCACACCCUCUAAGUGAUUGUGCUAUUGUUCUCCAUCGGCUUGUAAUCUAAUAACCAUUGAUUUAUGCCUUCAUGGGAGUUCAGUUCUGCCCUGCCAAGCUCUUUUGGUUUGACCAGUGCUAUUGUUGGUUGCAGGCUAACAUGGGCGUAUUGAGCAUUCAUGGCGCUGGGUGGGGGGUUGGAAUGAAUUUCUUUGUGACUAAGUUGUGGUUGGGAGCUGGAGCCUCAGCUUCGAUUUCGAAGGCAGAUUAUUUAUUUCCGUUCUUUUCUUGUUUUAGUUUUAUUUCUCCAUGUCAUAACCUGUCAUGAAUGGUAUGGUUUUUGUAAUGCAAAUAACUUUUUAGUUUUUGGUGAAUACAAAUGUAAUUGAUUAUCUUCAUUAAUAUAAUUCUGGACUCGUAUGUCUGAAUGCAA